AGUGAGUGAGAGAGAGCGCAGGGCGGUGACGAUUAAAAGCCACACAGACACACACGGACACACACCCACUCGGGUCGACCUGCCUCUGCCUUAAUGCGUUCAUUUGAGGAGAUCAAUCCUUCAUCUUUGGCGAUGUAAACGGCAGCGUGGGUGUCAUCUGGUGCCGCUCCCUUCGGAAACACACAAGGAAGCGAUUCAUCCAAGUGUAUUUAUAGAACCAAACCAGGUGCUUUCAAAAUGAUGCCAGGGAUUUCAGAGGUGAAGAAGAAGUGGGCAGCGGUUCGUGGUCGCCUGGGAUCAUCGCAGGACUCAGACACCCAACAGGAAGCCAACUUGGAGAAUGCUGAUCCGGAGCUCUGUAUCAGACUGCUCCAGGUUCCCACUGUGGUUAACUAUUCCGGCCUGAAGCGGCGCCUGGACGGAAGCGACCAGACAUGGAUGGUCCAGUUCCUGGAGCUGAGCGGGCUGGAUCUCCUCUUGGAGGCCCUGGACCGCCUUUCGGGCCGAGGUUGCUCUCGCAUCGCAGACGCCCUUCUGCAGCUCACCUGUGUCAACUGCGUCCGUGCUGUCAUGAACUCUUCAGCGGGGAUCCACUUCAUCAUUGAGAACGAGGGAUACAUCCGGAAGCUCUCCCAAGCCUUGGACACCUCCAACACCAUGGUGAAGAAGCAGGUGUUUGAGCUACUUGCAGCCCUCAGCAUGUUCUCAACAGAUGGUCAUCGCCUUGCCCUGGAUGCUCUGGACCACUACAAGGGUGUGAAGACGCAUCACUAUCGCUUCAGCGUGAUCAUGAACGAGUUGCAAGCCACAGACAACGUUCCUUACAUGGUCACGCUCCUCAGUGUCAUCAACGCCCUCAUUUUCGGCUGCGAUGACCUGAGGCAGAGAGAUAAGAUGAGGAAGGAGUUUAUCGGGCUUCAAGUUCUUGACAUUCUACCAAAAUUAAGGUGA